AUGACGUUUGCCUCGCGAAGGAUUUUCAAGAUGGCGUCUCAGUCACAGGGAAUUCAACAGCUCUUACAGGCAGAAAAAAAGGCCGAGACCAUGGUAUCUGAAGCUCGAAAACGUACGUAAAUUCACUUCAAUGUCUAAAAUUUUUAAGCUGUGAUUCUUAGUUAGUAUGAUUGAAAGGCUGCAAAAUUUGGGCGGUCUUCUGGUUCAGACUGAAACAUCUGUAACUUGCAUGUCUCGAUUUAUUUCUCGAUUCGAAGCCGUUUUGACUGGUUUUAAACAGAGGAAGUCCCGCAUUAAACUUUUACUGUUGUUUUGGGUAACUGCAAUAUACAAUGAAAUUUUAUUUGACGUUUAAAUAUGCUCAAUUCCUAUUUUCCUUCAAUUGGACACAUAGUCGUUAUCAAGAACAAAUGCAUGGUUGUCUUCAUCAAAGUGUAAUGGUUUAUCGAUUUUACCGGUAGCAGAAGCGAUUUUUUGCAGGCGUACGUUUCCACUAUCCCUUUCAGAUAAUUUAGUUUUGUGUGCAGAUUUAGUCGUAUGUGGUUGUUAGUUUCACGUUGCCGGAAUACACCACUACGAGUAGGGGGUGUUAUAAAAACUCAGAACUCAGUCCCACGAAAAACUCAGACUUUCAGGUGUCUCAAAGCUAAGGGUGUGAGUUUUUCAGGGGUCUGAGUUUUCAAAACACCCAACAGUCUGGGUUUUUUACAGGGUCUGAGUUUUCAUAACAGCAAGUAGGAUCUUUCAAAGUUUGUGUGCACCAUAAAAUUACUUAUCACUUCAAUCUUAUCCCUGAGGCAGGAGCCCAUAACAUGGAGUGUACCAUUCCCUUCUUAGUCUACGCAUCGGAGUUUUCACAGGGCACCUUAUUUUUAUCAUCAACACAUUUUGUUAUAAGGUUAUAGAGGGUCUUUUCCAUGUAUUUUACUAUCACUGGGAUGAAGAAUGACAAUCUUCAUUGUUGUAUAUUAUUAAAAACUAAAUAUUUGGAUCAUGCAAUUCUAAAGCUCUGAUUGGCUUAGCCAUCAUGGUAUAUGAGUCAUUAUACCAUGCUCUCCAAAUAUGGUAACUGUAUACAUCUGGUCAAAAUUAAAAAUAUGCUGAAAAUCGGUUGUUUUUACAGACAACGUCGGGAAGAAUUCUCGAUAUUUGGUUGCCAUUUUUUUGUUGUUGUUGGAUAUGAGAUGAUUAUAGCCAAAAGGGGCACUACACGCCUUGUUGGCUAUCUUUGAUCUCACAUAUAUCGAGGACAUUACUAGCAUAUCAAGGUUUCACUGUAUGCACUUGUUCUCGAUUUUGUACUUGUAGUCAAAUCUAUAGCAUGUCCUAAUGAUGCAGUGCUACUAAAAGAUAUUUUGAAAUGAACUAAGAUGACAUGUCUGAAAUGAAUAUUAUGUAUAUUUUUGUUUAGGGAAGACACAGAAACUGAAAAGGGCUAAAGAGGAAGCUCAAGCAGAAAUCAGGAAUUAUAGGGAAGAACGUGAAAAGCAGUUUGUAGAGUAUCAGAGAGAAGUAAGUCUUAUGCAUGGAGCUUACGUGUAUGCACAAAUGUAAGCCGUAAUUAUGUCAUUGAUGAUGGCCGCAAAAAUGUCGCUCAAAAUAAUAUAGAUGUUCAUUAGCGAUGCCUGUGUAGAUAUAUUUACAUGUAAGUUGGCACAUUAAUUUUUGGAAAAUUGCAUUAAUUUGACUGCACAAUGGAAUAGAUUGUUACUCUCAGCUUGUGCAAAACAUUGGCUCACAAGUAAAUUAAUUCAAGAUCAUGUUGUGAACGUGUUGAUUAAUAAAGUCUUUUUUUCCUAUAUUUUUUGGAGUUUUGAAUCUGUCUCUAAGAAAAUAAUUUCAGCAGUCACUAUGUCAUUGAUUAUGGCAGCAAAAAUGUCACUUAAAAAUAAUUUGGAUGUUCCUUAGCAAUGCCUGUGUAGACAUAUUUUAGUUGGCAUAUGAUUUUUUUUGAAAAUUGUGUUAGUUUGAUUGAACAAUGGAACAAAUUGCUACUCUCAGCUUGUAAAUACAUGGAUGAUCAUCAGCUCAGGAUAAUUUGUGCAAAACUUUGGCUCACAAUUCAAGAUCAUCUGGUGAAUGUGAUAAUGUAACAGUUAACUUUUUAUAUAUCUUUUGGUGUUUUGAAUCUCUCUCUAAAUUAAUUUUAGCUUGCUCCUGGAUGAUACAUUGACAUUGAGCAAACUACAUUGGAACAAUAGGCAAAUUUUGAUAUAACUAUUAAAAUAUUAUUCAUUCCUGGCUCUGAGGCUGAGGGAAGAAACAAAGAAAUGAUUUUAUUAUGAGGUCCAGGAUAUACGUAUUUGUUUGUGAAAUAUUAUUCAUUCUAUUCGAAAAUAAGCUUUACUCUAAACUCUCUUUCUUUCCACCUAGUGGCAUAAAAUGAAUGGGUAAUACUAAUACCUUAAAGUCAUAGUUAAAAUCAGCCAUCUCCCCACCUCCUAACCCCACCCCAACCCUUGUAGUUACUGAUAUUCCCAUCUGUUUUAAACAGAGGUUUUAUUUUAUGCUGGCUUUAGAGUCAUCUAACUGUAUGUAUCUACAUUUACUGUGAAACUCACAAAACUGUGAACACCAGAAAUAUUUAUGGAAUGUUAUUGUGUUGUGAGGAAAUAGCCAAUAAGGUGUGAUAAAACUAAACUGCGAAUAGCAAUGGUAAUUCCUGGAUUUUUCAGGUGUUCCCAAUUUUCUGCGUUUGACAGUAAUAGCUAUAUGUACAUGUAGUUGGCACUCAUGAUAAUAACUUUUUGUUUGUCCAUAGCACAUGGGCUCUAAAGAUGAUUUCCAGGCUAAAAUUGAGGAGCAAACAACUGUUCGACUUCAGCAAGUCAGUGACAGUGUGAACCAGAAUAAGAACAAGGUGAUAGAAAGGCUUCUGAGUCUUGUGUAUGACAUCAAACCUGAACUUCACGAGAAUCUAAGGACAUAG